ACAAGUCGCACAAGGCGCGCAGCUUCAGCGGGGGCGGGGAAAAGAAAGGUAUGCGUCAAAAUCCAGUCUUUUGCCUAUCACACAGACUCUUGUUAAGUUAUUUGUAAGUAGUGACAGACACUAGAAGGUUAAAUAUUCUAGAGUAAGUAAAAUUCGUUAGAAGUAACUCAAAAAGUCAUCUUUAAUUAGUACGCCGGUUUUUCAUCCUGGAAGACCAAGAGAAAAACCUGGAAAUUUCGUUUCCUUGUGGCGCAGGCAAUCUUCAGAAUGGAUAAGAGACAGAAAAAUGUUGCCCUUGUCUAGAAUUCCCCCUCCAAUUAACCCAGCCUGAUGACUGAGUUUUGUUUUUAACGCCUCGGACGUUCACCAUUCACUCUGGCCCUUCCUGAAAGUGGAAAGCAGAAUUCACUGGAUUUCAUGUGCAUAAAAUUAGAUCUGCUUGUUGCCACAAACCAUAAGAAGAUGGAGUUUAGGGAAUUUUCAACUGACUAAUAUGAUAUAUUGCAUAUUGUUUUCCCAUUAGGCCAUGCAGAUGCAGGAAGAGGGAGCUCACACGUUCCCAACCUACAAAGCUCUUCUAAAUGCUGUUGUAGCCGAGUUAUACGAUCAUGAAUGGUUUUAUGCUGCAUUUAUGCCAGAAAACUGGGAAAACCAACUGAGUGCCUACUAUUAUGAAGGUGCAUUUAACUGCGACAUCGUAGACCUCAUUAUUUAUGCAUUAACCAACCUUACAGAGAAAGCCUGCAAAGUGAUUACAGUAGCCUCUGAUAAGGUGGCCUUCAUACACAAUAUCACACCCAACAGGGAGGAGAAGAAAUGUCUCCAACCUGGGAUCAUGUUCAUGCUCAAAGACUUGCACUAUGAGCCCCUGGUUAAAAUAGUAAGUGAAUCCAUAUUUUUUUGUGAAUAAGAAGAUUUUCUGAUGUGAAAUUCCCUACCGAGCUCUUUCUUAAUGCUCUGGUAGAUGAGUUACCGUUUUCCUGAAAGUCCUGAUGUUUCCACUCGAGGGAAACAAAUCUAACUGUUUCCCCACUUUCACUUCAACAGUAAUAACCGGAGCAAUAGCCGGAAUGAUUCAAAACAGUUGAGACCUGGCACUUUUGGGAAUUAAAUUUGUGUCAACACAAAUUUAAUUCUCAAAACCACUGAAUGAAUGAUUUACAAAGUACUUUCCUUUUAUUAUUUGCAUCUUUUUCCUCCACUAGCUGCUGUUUCUCUUCUGGGAUAACAUUGAAAAUCGCUGCUCUUUAGCUUGAGGCUUCAUAUUAUUGUGCUGUUGUGUUCAUUCACGAAAAAGAAAACUGGCGAUGUUUUUUGCGCUUUCUGUCACACCACUUUCCACCAUGCUUUGAUCACAUGCUGUAAUGUAGCCUAGCCUGAGCGGGGUACAAUAAAUAUUAAUUUGAUUGCUCAAAUGUAUCAUGAUCGGGAUACAUUUGAUUUUAGUCAAGGCCAUGUGACUAAGAAUAAACCAGUGGCAGUCGUUGUUUAGUUGAGAGAAAGUUUAGGAAUAUAAUGUAUGGUCUUAUUCCCGAUCCAUACCUGAGAGUUGGGAAAGCCAGUCAGGCAUGGACUAUUUUCAUGGCAGAUUAAAUAUGCCAUGAAUAUCCUAAGCACUUGACUGGGUUAAAUUUCAACAACAACAUUGUGUGUUUAUUUACUUAUUUAUUUAACAUAAUUCAACAUACAAUGUAACAUAACAAUGAACUUUAUAAUAACAGGGCAAAAAAAGGAGGCAAAACAGUAAAAUAAAAAGACAGCAAAAUACAAAAGUUCAAUAGUUUAACAACAACAACUGAAAACGAGAAAACAUCCACUUUUGUCCACAGUGAUUUUCAUAAUAUCAGCGUUUAGGGAAGGCUUAAACAAUAUCAUUAUGUCUUUACUGUGUUUGGAACCAUGCGCAAACAGGAUUUCACCACCCCAUUCUGCACGCCACACAUUCUCUAAGCUAGGAUCGCCAUAGGUUUCUUGUAAAAACAAUUAUAUACAAUCUAUUCAGAUAGAGCCACCGAAAGAGCUUUCGCCAUUAAUGCACAAAUAAUGUAUAAAUUAAGUUAGUUAUUUAUGCAUUAUUUGUUCGUUAUGUUAUUCCCCAUUUAUGCCUAAGAUUAUUUAUUUUCAGUGUCUGCUACCAAUUACAAAUCUACAGAUCAGCUUCUGUUUUGUUAUGUUAGCUCAUUUUCAUUUCAAUACAAUUUCUUUUCCGUGCCUCGAAUAGCAUUUCUUUGCUAAUUUGUGGGGCAAUUGUAUUUAGGUUUAAAGUUUCUGUUUUGUUUGAAUUUAAAAUGAAAAAAUAGCGUCAGUUAAUUGGCGACUACUGUUUUUAUGGUGCAUUUUAAAAAAGUACCAUCAAUGCAGCGGUCUCCAACUGGUUUGAUUUAACAGUCACAUUGUGGAUUUAACCAGCAUCAAUAAGUACUACAUGAUGCUAUUUAUACCCAUGAGUGUAAAAUAAUAUUCAUGAGCAUAAGAAUUGCAAAGAUGAAGACAGCCUUGGCAUAAGCAUAAGUGUAAAUACAAGCUAGAGCUUUGUAUUCUUUUUAUGGUUAAUUGGUAGACAUUUGCAUCCUCACCAGUGCAAAAGCUUCUCCUGUGCCUAUGAUAACAUCGCAUUAAGUAAGGAGGGCUUUAAACUCUAAAUACGACAGUUAAAGUCAUAGUCUUUUCUCUUCUUUUAGGAACAGCAUCAAAGUUAUCACGAAAAUCUAGAGACUUGGACAGCUUGCCCAAAUGAAGUGCUUACAUCAAAGGCAAGAGGUAUUGAAAAUUUAAAAGAGAAAUUGAUUGACCUGAGGAAUGCAAAGACUAUGGCAGAUGAGAAGAUGAAAACAUCUGAUGAUACAACUUCAAGCACUAUGCAAAUUUUGAAAUUUGUGAGGCACUUGAAGUUGUAUCAUUGAUCUUAAAAGAUCAUUGAAGAUAAGUUCUCAUGGCAUCUUAUACAAGACCGUCUAUGUUCAGUUCGAAUUACAAUUAUCCUAGAACAGUUAAGGUUUCCUGUUAACAUGUGCAUUGUUUUGGAAUGGGUGUCAGGGGCGUAGCCAGCAAUUUGGCAUACAAGGGUUCUUAGGAUGUGUUGUUGCAAGAGGCAUUGGUUGUGGCUGCAUGUCCUCAUAAUGUCGAUUUCUUGAUUCUGGCCACAAAUUUCUAAUAGCGUCAGUGUCAAAUGUAGCUGGAAUUUCUAAGAGGUAGUUGCAGAUCACUCUUCCUGUAGAAAUGGUUAAAAGUGUGCCAUUCAGUAGUUGUUGAAUACAUAACAUACUUUAUCAAGGACUGUGGUCUUGUAAUAGACUGUUCACUCAGCUAGCAUAUUAGCAAGAAGGUGGUGCCUUGUAUGCUUCCGUGCAAAAAUGUUGAUUGUUGAACUUACAUCAAGAGCUUACUGUAAUGGUUGUUUAUUAGAGUAGCCUGCGUAGCAGGUGCUCAGUUUAUGAGCCAAGCAAGGCUGAAUGGGGCUUGUCUGCAAAGCGAGAAACCAGUGCAGAGGGUUAGACGAGGGGAGAGCAAAGAAUAAAGCAAGUCCAGACAAUCGUUCCCAGGGCAUGGCAACUUUUGAGUGUGUUCUCCUGCUCAUGUAUAUUUGGUGACAUAAAAUACACACAGACUUGUCUAUGUUUCAGUGGAAAGAAUUCACAGCAGUCCACCUGGUCCCACUGGGGAAGCAGGUUUAAUAGGAGAACCAGGACCAGAGGGAGCACUGGGUGAUAAUGAAAAGAAAGGUGCAAAGAUCCAGCCUGGACCUUCGGGUGAUCAAGGGCCUCAAGGCGGUGAUGGAGACCAGGGUGCUCAAGGUGAGUGUGCGGACUUAGGGUGUGUAAGGGGUGGAGGCUUGGGGGGGGGGGUAUUCCUCCCCAUGGUCCAGGUCGUAGACCUUCCAUGGACGAAUCAUACUCCUUUCACCUACCUACUUAAAUCCGAACUUUACAUCCCUUUUGAUUACUGGGGGACGGGGGGCCUUAAGAAAGCUUUAUAGGCGGGGGAGUCCACUUUGAGCUCCUGGUCAUACACCUUCCAUUGACAAAUCGCACCCCUUUUACAUACCUUUACUUUAGAACUUUUCAUCCCUUUUAAUUUAUUACUGUAGAUGCACUGUCUUCAAAAUUUGAAUAGAUCACAAAACUAGAAGGUUUCCUUGACUUCUUCACAGUUCAUUUGUUAGCACUUUUAGGCCUUUUACAGAUGAAAAUGACAAAUUUCCCUAUUUCAAACUUAAGGCUAAACAGAUUCGUGUUUAAAGGGGGUCUAAGUGGCAAAUUUUAGCCUAACAGUUUCUUAGUCGCAGGUUUUACUGUAAUGCUCUUACAUCUGUGAGGUGCUCAUCUUCUGGUAUUUGUUGCAGGACCCAAAGGUGAACCUGGACAAGCGGCAACUGGGGUGAAAGGUGAGAAGGGAGACCAGGGUGCAGAUGGGGAUGUUGGAAACAGAGAUCCCCAGGGACACAAAGGAGAGAGAGGAGUGGAUGGUUCACCGGGAAGUCCUGGAGAUCCCAGUCCCUCUGUUGAAAGAGGUAAGUUUUUAUAUCACUAG